AUGGUUUGGAAGGUGAAAAAGGAAGCCCCUGCCCCUCCCAAAGCCGAAGCCGAAGCCAAAGCCGAAGCCAAAGCUGAAGCCAAAGCAAAGGCUCUGAAGGCCAAGAAAGUGGUGCUGAAAGGCAUCCACAGUCAUAAAAAAAAGAAGAUCCACAAAUCACCUACAUUGCAACAGCCCAAGACACUGUGUCUCUGGAGGCAGCCCAAGUAUCCUGGAAAGAGAUCCCCGAGGAGAAACAAGGUUGACCACUACGCCAUCAUCAAGUUCCCCCUGACUGCUGAGUCAGCCAUGAAGAAAAUAGAAGACAACAACACACUUGUGCUGAUUGUGGAUGUCAAGGCCAACAAGCACCAGAUCAAACAGGAUGUGAAGAAGCUCUAUGACAUUGACAUGGCCAAGGUCAACACCCUGAUCAGGCCUCACUCUGAAGGAGAAAAAAAGGCAUAUGUUCAACUGGCUCCCAACUAUGACGCUUUGGAUGUUGCCAACAAAAUUGGGAUCAUCUAA